AUGAAUGAUGGACAGGAUGGAAAGAACGAGGAAGCGAAGUGCGUUGAUGGUGUAAGUGUGGAAUCAUCUUCAAGAAAACGUCAACGAUCCGAAAAGUUAAAGACUGAUGAGGGGAAUGACAACGAUUUGUUGAUAAUGGAAGAGACGAUUAACAACGAUGAAUAUGCAGACGGCGAGGAAUCGUUGAUGAGUGAUGGUGGCAAAUUGAUUCUUGAACAAGAUCGCUUUCUACCAAUUGCUAACAUAAGUCGAUUGAUGAAGAAUGUGAUUCCAUCAACGGGUAAAGUAGCAAAAGAUGCGAAAGAGUGUGUGCAAGAAUGUGUCUCUGAAUUCAUUUCAUUCAUCACUUCAGAAGCUAGUGAACGAUGUAUAUCUGAGAAGCGAAAGACGAUCACCGGUGAAGACCUGUUAAUUGCGUUGAAUUCACUCGGUUUCGAGAAUUAUGUCGAUCCAUUAACCACUUAUAUUAAAAAGUAUCGUGAAGCUAAUCGAUCGGAUCGCAAUACCGAUUCAGUCUGUUCGCCAUCCACUCUUACGCAAUCAUCGGAAAUUAUUGAUGUUGCUUUGGCAAAACAUUGUAAACUAAAAAAAUUCAAUUGGUUGAAGAAUAUUGAUGAACAACGAUCAUCACAAAACGAAAACUCGAUAGCGACGAAUGUAAUCAGCCUUCAAAACGUGCCCAUAUCAGCGGGAAAUGAAUGUUCGUCCCAAAUUAUCCUUUCUGAAGAGAAUAACGAUUCAGCGAUUCGUAUGUUAACGAAUGCAAAUGUGCAGCAUCUACAAUUAUUGAUGGAUCCACAAACUGGACAGCAUUACAUCAAUGUACAGACGAGUAAUGGAACGCAGCAGUUACUACCAGUCCAGACAGCCGAAACUAUAGCAUCAGUGGAAGAAGAAAGCGAUAGUGGAAGAGCGGCCACGACAGCAAACGUUAAUAAUAGAACGAGCGCCGCGCAGAAUCGCACUUCAUCAACUCAGUUAACGAACACAAUGAUGCCUCAGUAUAAUACCCCAACACAAAUUGAUAGCAGUAAUAGUAACACUCAACAGUCAGUAAAUUCAUAUCAACAAUAUUCCAUUGAUACCAGCGAUCACUUCUCACGAAAACGAUUGCAUGAUGAUAGUGAUGCGUCAAUAGCAUUCACGCACUUUCAUUAG